GCUGGGGGUGUAGCUGCGCCACGGCUGGUGCGUGCGCGGGGCGUCUCGCGCAGAACCGAGUGGCCCCCGACCCGAUUGCGUUUGUCACGAUUCGGCUUCCCGUGCGCCCUGUUUGAGAAAAUUGCCGGAGUCAAAUUGGGCCUAGGGUAUUGUUUCAGUAAAGGAAAAAUAACCCUCUGUUAAAACUGCUGACUGAAAGGAAAAGGAAAAGGGAAUUAUUUUUUUGGGGGGGGGAGGGGCGGCGAGGAGGGCAUGAAGGGGUAGUGGGGUGGCAACUUUUAUUAGUAUUUGCGGAGGGAUUUUCCAGGUGCGACAGGCUGACCAAAAAAAAGAAUACGUAGUAAAGAAACAGGCAGUAGUAUUUAUUACUCCUUUUUUUUGUUGUUGUUUUUAUGGAUUUUUUACUUAUGUGACUGAAUUUCACAAACCAUUAAACUUGGCUUUUUAUUUUCUCCCAUAUAAUGAUAGUGCUAGUCAAAGAAUAAAAAAUAAGGGAAUUAUACAAGAAUUAUUUUUCAAAAGUUAUAUAACUUUAGAUGUGGAAGCUUUCCAUGUGUUCAACUCUUAUUUCGUUGGAAAUUCUUUCCUACUAUGUAUAGAGAUGGGAUUUUAGAAAAGUGAGAAUAAGAAGAAAAUCUGGAGUUAAAAUUUGUUUUUUUGUUUUUUUUUUUUCACAAGGUUGGAAUAAACUGGACACUUUUUGUGAGGAAAAAUGGCCACUGCUCAGAUGCAGAGAAAUUAUAUGAGUGCAGUGAUGUUUCCCAAUAAGAUUUCAACUGAGCAACAGUCUUUGGUGUUGGUGAAGAGGCUUCUAGCUGUUUCUGUAUCCUGCAUAACAUACUUAAGAGGAAUAUUUCCAGAAUGUGCUUAUGGAACAAGAUAUUUAGAUGAUCUUUGUGUCAAAAUUCUGAGAGAAGAUAAAAACUGUCCAGGAUCCUCCCAGUUAGUGAGAUGGAUGCUAGGAUGCUAUGAUGCUUUGCAGAAAAAAUAUCUAAGAAUGGUUGUUCUGGCAGUGUACAGCAAUCCAGAAGACCCUCAGACAAUUUCAGAAUGUUAUCAAUUUAAAUUCAAGUAUACCAGCAAUGGACCAGUCAUGGAUCUCACAAGUAAAAGCAAAGGCAGUAGUUCCAACUUCUCAUCUUCUGACACAAAGAAAGCAAGUAUUCUCUUAAUUCGCAAGAUUUAUGUUCUGAUGCAGAACAUGGGACCUUUACCUAAUGAUGUCUGUUUGACAAUGAAACUUUUUUACUAUGAUGAAGUUACACCACCAGAUUACCAGCCUCCUGGUUUCAAGGAAGGUGACAGUGAAGGAGUAUUAUUUGAGGGGGAACCCAUGUACCUAAAUGUUGGGGAAGUUCCAACACCUUUUCAUUCCCUGAAAGUGAAAGUGACAACUGAGAAAGAUCGAAUGGAGAACAUUGAUAAAGCAAUAUUAACACAGAAACAGUUAAAAACACCACUGCAUGAAAUCCUGAUGGAUAAAGAUGAUCUGGAAGAAGAAUUGAUGAAUGAAGAUUUUUUCGGUAGUGAUAAAAUGACAGAGCAGGGAAAAAAUGAAUCUUCAGAAGUUGGAGAAAUAAAUUUAGCUUGUGAAGAAGAUGAAAUUAUGAGGUCUGAAGAAAGCCCAAACUCAUUAUCUCAUUAUCAGGUUGAGCAGUUAAUCAAUAAGACUUCAGAACUUGAUGUGUCUGAAAGUAGAACAAGAAGUGGAAAGGUUUUUCAGAGUAACCUGGCUUAUGGAAAUCAGUCAACGAAGACUUGUAAAGAAACUAAGAAGAGGACUCGAUCUGGAUCUGGGAGAAAGGUCCCUCAACAAGGUGAAUUUUCCUGUAGUCAAGAGUCAGUGCCAAAAAGAAGAAAAUUUAGUGAACCAAAGGAUUACGUAUAGAGAUCACUUCCCCUUUUGCUUGUUUAUAAAGAUCUCAACACUGCUAUCUAAACUAAAUAUGAGUGUAGUAAUAUUACAUUUUAACAUGUAUCUUCUCUUACCCUUAAUGUCCAAUGAAUUUGAAACUUCAUGUAUAUAACCUUAAAUGUUUGCACACAUUUCAGAAUUGACUAUAGCUUAAAAUAUUAUGAAGAAAGAACCAAAUUUUGAUCUACUCUGAAAAAAAUGCUGAGGAAAUUUGUGGAACAAAAGCAAGUAAUAAAACUGUCAGAUGACUGGCUAAGUCAUUUUCCAAUUAGCAAUGAACUAUCUCUGUUAGGUAGACUAUUCAUUUAAAAAUAUACUCAUUAAUUUUGAAUUUGCUUUAAUAUUACCAUUCUUUGAAAUAAUAUAUUUUGAGAUAUUAACAUUUGAGGGAUCCACAAUUAUACGUGCUUGAACUUUGCCAAUAUAAAUUGUGACUGUCAUUGUUUUACUAUUAAAACAAUGCUCUUCUGUACUUUUAAUAGUAUAUUAAAAUGAUGAUUUCGAAUUUAUUGCAAAUAUUGGUACUUAAAUUUUUUUUAUAAAUGUAAUACAGCAACAGAUUUUCUGUAUGACAUUUUAAAUAUGUCUUUACUGAUAUUUUCUUUUUCUCCUAUACUCCUCUCCUCAUAGAAAGUCAUCCCUUGCUGACAAACAGUAUUUUUUGAGAAGAAAAGUCAGCACAAUUGAUCAAUACAUUGAAAAAAUCUGAAAACUUGUAUGUAAGACCUACUUCUACAAAGGGGGGAUAGGCUGGAGGGGCUUUCUCAUAACUCUUCAUUUGAGCUUUGAUUUUUUAAUUUAUUUUUGAAUUUCAGGUGUGAUGUUCUUUCCAUUUAUAUUGUUUGAGCCACUGUAUGUGGCUCUGCUUACUUCACUCUGUAUCAGUUCAUCUAGAGCUUUCCUGGCUUAUGUGUCAUCAUCACAUGCAUUUCUUUACAGGGCUUUAAUAUUUCAUCAUAUCCACAGAUCACAAUUUGUUCAGUCAUUCUCCAGUUGCUGGGCAUCUUCUUUGUUUCCCACUUUCAACUUUCACAAAAAGUGCUAAUAUAAAUAUUUUGAAGGCUGUGGGGACUGUCUUUCUUAUAAGCCCAGUCAUGGAGUCUCUAGUUCAGUGUAUGGGCAUUUUAGUCACUUUAUUUGCAGAAUUUCCAAAAUGGUGGUACCAUUUCAUAGCACCACUCACAAAUAGUGUGCAUCUCCUCCUACAAUCCCCUCAAUGUUGCCAUUUUUGCUAAUUUUCAGGUAUGAGAUGAAACCUCAGGGUUGCUUUGAAUUUGGGUUUCUCUGGAGCUUUGUAUGGAAUUUUCAACAACGUAAAUAAAACAUUUCCUGUU